AUGUCGUACGACGAAGUGGAGAUCGAGGACAUGGAGUGGAACGAGGAGUUGCAGGCGUACACGUACCCGUGCCCAUGCGGGGACCUCUUCCAGAUCACGAAGGAAGACCUUAAGCUCGGCGAAGAGAUUGCUCGGUGCCCUAGCUGCUCCCUCUACAUCACCGUCGUCUACAACAUGGAAGAUUUCCUCGCCGAUUCCGACCAAAAUCGACGGAACAAUGGUCUCCAACCUUCCAAACAGCAACCCGUAACCGUUGCUUGA